AAAAUUAGCAAGGAUGAACUCGGCAAUGUCGCUGGAAUGGCAGCAAAUGCAACAGCUAGUGGCGGAAAAUUUGACAAGAAGUUGCCUGGGGAAAAACCCCCAAAACAUGAUAAGAAGUACCGUAAGUUCCUACCAGUUGCAGAAGGAUCAGGAAUGGGCUCCUUAGAGAAACAGAAGUCACCUAUACCACAGGCUGUAAACAUGUACAAUGUGAAAAAGGACAAGAACCGAAGGAACCAAGGAGGGAAAUCGUCAUCAACUCCAAGCAAGUUGAAAGUGAAGAAGUCACCUUACAAGAAAACAUCAUCAAAAGGGCCUGCUUCAAUUAAAGGAAAAUCCAAGUGACUUUGAAAUUUCCUCAUUGCAGUGUCAGUUUAAAGUUUUGAUAGGUAGUAACAAGUAGACAAGUAGUGUAAGCUUAAUCGGUUCAAUUGCUUAUUCUUCUUUUUCACCAGCAAGAAAGUGUAUAAGCUUCCUGCCACACCCAAAUUAUUUUUCCUUUUUUUUUGGGAUUCAACAACAAAUUCCUAAAUUUUGUCUCAUAUCGCAUAUAGUAAGUGAUGUGGAAAAGUGCAGUAGAGGGAGUAUUUCUUUCUGGUUUGACAUCAUAUGAUGCGAUACAGGAACUUGUCUAUUGUGGCAGUUGCCAUUUGGAGGAGCAAAAAUCUGAUUAUUUUGUGUUGAUAGAGGGAAAAAAA